AUUCAAUACCUUACUAUCCUAUCCCUCUUUAACUAUUUGUAUUUCUUAAUCCAAAACAAGUAAACGAAGUUAUGGUUGAGAAGAAGCACAACCCCAAAGCGGUGAUCGUCGGAGGAAGCAUUGCCGGAAUUUCAUGCGCUCUCACUCUUAUUAAAGCUGGCUGGGAAGUUCAAGUCCUCGACAAAUCCCCCUCGCCGCCCACCGGUUGUUCCACCGGCGCUGGACUCAUCCUCGAUCCUCUCUCUCAGAAGCUCAUCCAGUCGUGGAUUUCCCGCCCUGAACUUCUCCUCGAAUCCACUUUGCCUCUUACCACGGAGCAGAAUCGAGCAAUUGAUGGAGAAAUCAAAGUGGGACGGAUUUUGACUGACGAUGAGAAUUUCAAUUAUAGAGCAGCACAUUGGGCUGACCUCCAUAGCCUUCUAUACAAAGAGCUUCCAUCUCACAUAUUUCUUUGGGGACAUCGUUUCCUUUCACUAAGCAUUUCCGAUGACAAAACCUCUGUGAAAGUCAAAGCAAAAGUAACGAAAACAGAUGAAAUGGUUGAAAUAGUUGGGGAUUUGCUUGUUGCAGCUGAUGGGUGUUUGUCCUCCAUUCGUGAAACAUUUCUUCCUAACUUGAAAUUGAGAUAUUCAGGGUAUUAUUGCUGGAGAGGGGUUUUUGAUUUCUCGAAGAAAGAGAAUCGGGAGAUAGUGAUGAAGAUGAAGAAGAAGGCUUAUCCUGAAAUUGGGAAAUGCUUGUAUAUGGACUUGGCAUUGGGUACUCAUAUUUUGCUGUUUGAGAUUCCGAAGAACAAAAUCAAUUGGGUUUGGUUUGUUAAUGAAGCAGAACCCCAAUUCAAGGCUAGAUCAAUGACCAUGAAAGUAAAUGGUGAUAUGGUGAAAAGAUUACACAAACAAGUGGACGACCUUUGGGUUCCAGAACUUACAGAAGUGAUUAAAGAAACUAAAGAUCCUUUCAUCAAUGUCAUCUACGAUUGUGAUCCAUUAGAACAAAUAGUUUGGGACAAUGUGGUGUUAGUUGGAGAAGCAGCUCAUCCCACCACUCCUCAUUGUGCAAGAAGCACAAAUAUGACGUUGUUAGAUGCAUCUAUUUUAGGUCAAUGCCUACGACGAAAUCGGAGACUAUUCAAUCUAGAAUCGGCCCUUGCUGAGUAUCAGGCUUUGCGACUGCCUAUUCUUCAUGCACAAGUCCUGCAUUCUCGACUCGUCGGUCAGAUAAAGCAAGGUUUGACACUUUCAGAUCGUGAGCCUUUUGAUCCGAGUGUAGCUACAACUACACGUUACUUACAGAAGCUUCAAAUAAGAAAUAUACCUUUCCAUGUAUAAUGAUUUAGUCUAACAAACUACGUUAUUUUAGUUUGCAAAUUGCAAUACUGUCAGGUGGAAAAAGUCGAAAAGGUUUAACCACAUUUACCAUUUUCGUUAUUUUUUUCCAAUGAGAAACUAAUAAAUAUCGUCAUGUGAUUCA